AUGAACCGUCACGUAAGAGAGCAACACGCAGAGCCUGCCUAUGCCAAAGGCACGACCAUUGAAUGCGGGGAUCCCCACUGUGAUGUCGUCUGUGAUCGUAUGUCGACCUUGUGCGAGCACGUCGCUCAAGAGCAUGGUCGUGAAGAUCUAGUCAUAGAAGAAUUCAAAUUCCCUGAUGUGUCUAAGUUCAAAGAGUGGAAAAACGAAGUUGAGACAGGAACAGUGUCAAAGUUCGUACUCUCUUCGAGUCGAACAAGAGCCAGUGGAGUUGUGCAGUCGUACUACCUGUGCCAUCUAAGUGGAUAUGCAAACCGUUCACGCCAUUCGGCUCCUCCUGUUGGUCGGCUGAGAACAACGAAGAAAAUGGGUCGCUAUUGUACCGCUUUCAUGAAUACGAAAGAGUUUAAGGACGGGUAAGU